UACAAAAUAAAUGUUAAUGAUAACAAUUCUAAAGUAUUUAAUAUACGAAAGUUUCUAACCUUUCUUCUGUUGAAAGAUUAUGCACUGGCUGCUAUUCGCAAUUUGCAUUUAUAUUAAUAUAAUAAUGUAUCUAAGAACAAGUUUUGCUGCAACAUAAUUUAUUUAUCAGUAGGAUGAACGGAACUUUGAGAGGAUUUCUGCGAUUAUAUCCAAUAGUACGCAAUUGGACAGUCUUGUCAAAUAAUAUAAUAUCAUUGCAAUCAAUAUGCAAAGUGUCAAGACAUUAUAGUACUAAUUUAAUAGAUCAUACACAAUUGGAAGAUUGUAUAUCUCCAAUAGACAAUGUAAAAAACCAAGUAUCUAUUGAUACUAAAAUAUAUCCUAUAGAAAUAUUGAAUAAAGCAGCAAGAAAUUAUACAAGCAUGACUCUAUGUGAAGCUAUUGACACAAUAUAUGUGUUAUUUACAGCUACUAAGAACGUAGAGGAAAAUCUGCAAGAAACAAUCAAAACACAUAUAGGUUUUGUACGUUUGUGGGGAGUGUUGAACAAAAAUGUUAGGUUUAUGAAAACAAUUCAAAUUAUUAAGAGUUUGAGAAUGGCAAUAUAUUUUAAGCUACCAAACAAUUGCAUUCUAUUUCAAUCAUUACUGCAAAUGAUACGUGUGAAUGUAAAUGAAAUAUCUCCUCAGGAUAUAAUCAGCAUAGUUGUGUUAUUAAGAAAAAUGGAUAGUUCACCAUUAAGGGACGCUCUAUUAAUAGCUUUACCUCUAGUAUUUGAAGUACAGGCGCCUACGAAAUUAGACACCGAUAAUAUUUAUGUGCUGACACGAUCGUUACGAUUUAUUAGCGAGACUAAUAUCAGCAAUCUGGAAGUACAAAAUGCAAUAAUCAAGCCAUUAUUGAAGUUUGAAAAUAAUCUGGAUGUACACAUGGCUUCUUCUAUCUUUUAUAGUUUGUGUGUUGCAAAUUAUCUAUCUCCAAUAGCUCUCGAAUUGUUAUUUAAUGUACAGAAAAUUUUAAUAAGUGAAAUAAAACAAUUAAAUAUCUCGGAAAUAAUGACAACGAUCAAUAAACUAUCGUUUGCCGUCACAAAACACAAAGAAUAUCGAUGCAAGUUUUAUAAUGAAGCAUUAAUGGAUGCUUUAAUCAAUGCAGCAUUGUCUGCAGAGAUUUAUUUUAAUAAUGGUAUCAAUUUGUUGAAACUUAUGAAUGAGUUUAAUUAUGCACAUAUACCCUUCCUAGAAUAUUUAGCAGCAAAAUGCUUUGAGCAGCCAAAUCUGCUGAAAGGUGCAUCAUAUUUCAAAAUAUCCAUUUUCUUAGAAGGAUUAAUUAAUGCUGAUUAUAAACCAGUAUUUUGGGAUACUAUACGAGACGCGAUAUUGGCGAAUAAAGUAGAAGACAAAAUUUUUAAUAACUCUAUGAUCAAAUUUACUCUGCAUUUGAUUGCAUUAGAUUGUUAUAGCCCGAAUUUAAUCAGCAAAGUCUUUUCGCAAGUUUCAAUGACUGAAACAAGGAAGGAUAUUCAUAUGAGAGAGUUACUACUUUUAUAUCAAAGUGUUAAGACAUUGUAUCCUAUGUAUAAUGGAUCAUGGCCGUCACAAGAUAUACUUGAUUAUGCUGUAAAUAUACAUAAAACAUUACUUAAUCCGAUAUUUCCUACAUCUUCCUUAAAGUCAGUAUUGGAAUUGGCAUUGGGUGGCCCUCAAUAUGUUCACAAUGAUUUGAGGACAAAACUUGGACAUUAUAUUGAUCACGUUAUUGUAAUGAGGAAGGGUGGAUAUCCCAUUGCGAUUAAUACAAUUACAUCCACUGGAAAUAAUAUAAUGUAUGUUGAAGAUAUACAAACUCCAAGCGAAAGUCAAAUGAUACUUAUUUUCAAUUUGCCUGAUACAGCAUAUGCAAUUAAUUCUCAAAGAUUAAAAAGUACAUGGUCAUUAAAGAUAAAGUCCGUAGAAGCAUUAGUAAAGACUGAGACAAUUGCUAUAAAUUCUAAUUCUUGGAUAAAGCUACCUGAAUAUGAAAGGCUUCCUUAUUUGAUGCGAGCUAUAAGAUUAAAAUGUGGAGAUGAUUCAUUCUUAGCGAGAUAAAACAUGUUGUAAUCGAUUUAAAAAAUAUUUCAUAUAGAAUUCUGUAUUGUAUAAACAAUUGAAACAUGUAAUAAAAUAAUUCGUUAUUUGGAAAAAA